UCUCCUUCUUCUUUCCCAAAUCGCGUGCUCCAAAAGCCACGCCUCUUCUCUCUCCUCAAAAGGCCCAAUAGAUCCUUUUCCCUCCUCAAAACUCCGAUGAAUUUCUAGGGUUUAGGGUUUUGAGAUCGCCGGAGCUCCUUAUACGAUGGUCUCCCGCAGCCUCUUCGGGUGGUCCCCACCCCAGACGCCCCUAACGCCCAGUCUCCGAGAUCGCUCAGAGCGUCCGGAGUCGCGUCGUCUCGAGUACUGGAGCUCCCGGGCUCGAUGGCGCUCGACAUGGGCCGUCGGUUCGUUGGGCGGCGCGGGCGCACGGAUGGCGCUGGUUGUGUACUUGCAUUUCUUCGGGCGGGCGAUCAAUUUGCUGGACUCUCAGCGGACGGGUUCGCCGAUACAUGGGGAUAGUGAUCAGUUGUUUUAUAAGUUCAAGGAGCAUGCUCUGUACAUCAUUUAUAUAGCUGCAGGUGUUUUUGCAGCUGGAUGGAUAGAGGUCUCAUGUUGGAUUCUUACUGGGGAAAGACAAACAGCAGUGAUCAGAUCAAGAUAUGUCCAAGUACUGCUCAACCAGGAUAUGAGUUUUUUUGACACUUAUGGGAACAAUGGAGAUAUAGUCAGUCAAGUCCUGAGUGAUGUCUUGCUCAUUCAGUCUGCUCUUAGUGAGAAAGUUGGCAAUUAUAUACAUAAUAUGGCGACUUUUUUUGGUGGUCUUGUCAUUGGGGUGAUCAAUUGUUGGCAGAUUGCACUUUUGACUCUAGGCACCGGGCCUUUCAUUGUUGCUGCUGGAGGAAUUUCAAAUAUAUUCCUUCAUAGGCUUGCAGAAAAUAUUCAAGAUGCCUAUGCAGAAGCAGCAAGCAUAGCUGAGCAGGCUAUAUCUUACAUUAGAACUCUCUAUGCCUUCACUAAUGAGACAUUAGCAAAGUAUUCUUAUGCUACGUCUCUUCAAGCAACAUUACGUUAUGGGAUAUUGAUCAGUCUUGUGCAAGGGCUUGGACUUGGAUUCACAUAUGGACUUGCCAUAUGCUCUUGUGCUCUGCAACUUUGGGUCGGAAGGAUUCUGAUUUCACAGGGUAAAGCUAAUGGUGGUGAAAUUAUCACAGCGCUAUUUGCAGUGAUUUUGAGUGGCCUUGGAUUAAAUCAAGCUGCCACAAACUUCUAUUCAUUCGAGCAAGGAAGAAUUGCUGCUUAUAGACUGUAUGAGAUGAUAAGUCGUUCAACAUCCAAUGUGAAUCAGGAUGGAAAUACCUUGGUUUCAGUACAAGGAAACAUUGAAUUUCGGAAUGUAUACUUCAGCUACCUAUCUCGUCCUGAAAUUCCCAUACUGAGUGGUUUCUACCUAACUGUACCUGCUAGAAAAACUGUGGCACUUGUUGGCAGGAAUGGUUCUGGGAAAAGCAGUAUAAUUCCUCUUAUGGAGCGUUUCUAUGAUCCCACAUUGGGAGAGGUCCUUCUGGAUGGAGAGAAUAUAAAGAACUUAAAGCUAGAAUGGUUACGGAGUCAAAUAGGUCUGGUGACUCAAGAACCAGCAUUAUUAAGUUUGAGCAUCAGAGAGAACAUUGCAUAUGGAAGAUCUACUACGUUUGAUCAGAUAGAGGAGGCUGCGAAAACAGCACAUGCACAUACAUUUAUCAGCUCAUUGGAAAAAGGAUAUGAUACCCAGGUUGGCAGGGCUGGCUUAGCUCUGACAGAAGAACAUAAAAUAAAGCUUUCUGUCGCUCGAGCUGUUCUUUCAGGUCCAUAUAUUCUUUUACUUGAUGAGGUCACUGGUGGGCUAGACUUUGAGGCAGAAAAAGCUGUUCAAGAGGCAUUAGAUAUACUAAUGUUGGGACGAUCAACUAUAAUUAUAGCUCGGCAACUUGGCCUUAUUCGCAAUGCUGAUUAUAUAGCUGUUAUGGAGGAGGGCCAACUUGUUGAAAUGGGUACACAUGAUGAAUUGCUGACACUGGAUGGCCUUUAUGCAGAACUUCUCAGAUGUGAGGAAGCAGCAAAGCUCCCCAAAAGGACGCCUAUCAAGAAUUACAAAGAGCCGUCAGCUUUUCAGGUUGAGAAGGAUUCAUCAGCAAGUCAUAGCUUUCAAGAUCCAUCUUCUCCCAAGAUGGCAAAGUCACCCUCCCUCCAGAGGACACAUGGAUUUCAUGCAUUUCAGCAGUCAGAUGCUAAUUACAGCGCUCAUGAGUCACCAGAUGUUCAAAGCCCACCUUCUGAGCAAAUGGUGGAAAAUGGGAUGCCCUUGGUGGCAGUAGAAAGAGCACCAUCUAUCAAAAGGCAAGAUAGUUUUGAAAUCAAAUUGCCUGAGCUACCCAAAAUUGAUGUUCAAGCUUUACAUCGGCAAACUUCAAAUAAUUCUGAUCCAGAAUCACCUAUUUCACCACUUUUGACAUCUGAUCCGGAAAAUGAACGAUCCCAUUCAAAAACCUUUAGUCGCCCCCUUAAUCAAUUUGACGACUUCCCUGUUAAACAGAGGAAGGCAAAGGACUCACAGCACCAAAAGCCACCAUCAUUUUGGAGGCUUGCACAGCUCAGUUUUGCGGAAUGGCUUUAUGCACUUCUGGGGAGUACCGGUGCUGCUAUUUUUGGUUCAUUUAAUCCGCUCCUUGCUUACACUAUCGCACUUAUAGUAUCAGCAUAUUAUAGACUUGAUAUCGAGGAUAUACGCGAUGAAGUGAAUAGAUGGUGCUUGAUCAUAGCAUGCAUGGGUUUUAUCACUGUGCUUGCUAACUUUCUGCAGCACUUCUAUUUUGGUAUAAUGGGGGAGAAGAUGACUGAGCGAGUACGAAGGAUGAUGUUUUCAGCGAUGCUUCGUAAUGAGGUUGGAUGGUUUGAUGAAGAAGAGAACGGUGCAGACACAUUAUCCAUGCGUUUGGCAAAUGAUGCAACAUUUGUGCGUGCUGCUUUCAGCAAUCGACUUUCUAUAUUUAUACAGGACACUGCAGCAGUUCUUGUAGCCCUAGGUAUUGGGAUGUUGCUGGAAUGGCGAGUUGCACUUGUGGCAUUGGCAACAAUACCCGUGCUUAUGGUUUCUGCUAUAGCACAGAAAAUGUGGCUUGCUGGGUUCUCAAGGGGCAUUCAGGAGAUGCACAGGAAGGCUUCUUUGGUCCUCGAGGAUGCAGUUAGAAACAUCUAUACUGUUGUGGCAUUCUGUGCAGGCAACAAGGUGAUGGAACUGUACAGAUGGCAGCUUGGAAAAAUACUCAAGCAGAGCUUUAUUCAUGGAAUGGGCAUUGGUUUUGCCUUUGGCUUUUCACAAUUCCUUCUCUUUGCCUGUAAUGCUGUUCUUCUGUGGUAUACUGCUGUAUCUGUAAGGGACGGCCAUCUCACAAUUGCCACAGCGCUCAAAGAAUACAUUGUAUUCUCCUUUGCCACCUUUGCGCUUGUGGAACCUUUCGGGCUUGCCCCAUACAUACUGAAGCGACGCAAGUCUCUUGUUUCGGUGUUUGAAAUUAUCGACCGAGUCCCAAAGAUAGAUCCCGAUGAUACUGCUGGCCUAAAACCUCCCAAUGUCUAUGGAAGCAUUGAGCUCAAGAAUGUAGACUUUUGUUAUCCAACUUGCCCCGAGGUCAAUGUACUGAGCAAUUUUAGUCUUAAAGUCAGUGGAGGACAAACUGUAGCAGUUGUAGGUGUAUCAGGAUCUGGAAAGAGCACGAUUAUUUCCUUGAUCGAGAUUCGGGAUUUGAAGCUAUUUAACGUGAGAUGGUUGAGGAACCACACGGGUCUAGUACAACAAGAUCCCAUCAUCUUCUCAACAACCAUCAAAGAAAAUAUUAUAUAUGCGAGGCACAAUGCGACAGAGGCUGAGAUGAAAGAAGCAGCAAGAAUUGCAAAUGCCCAUCAUUUCAUCAGCAGUCUUCCUCAUGGUUAUGAUACUCAUGUUGGCAUGAGAGGAGUCGAUUUGACUCCUGGGCAGAAGCAGAGAAUAGCCAUUGCUCGAGUUGUGCUGAAGAAUGCUCCCAUUUUGUUAUUGGACGAGGCUAGCUCAGCGAUUGAAUCAGAAUCAAGCAGAGUAGUGCAAGAGGCCCUUGAUACCCUAAUCAUGGGAAACAAGACGACCAUUCUCAUAGCACAUAGAGUAGCGAUGAUGAGGCAUGUGGAUAAUAUUGUGGUUCUUAAUAGCGGCAAGAUUGUAGAACAGGGAACCCAUGAUUCUUUGGUUCAGAUGAAUGGGUUGUAUGUACGGUUGAUGCAGCCUCAUUUCAACAAGGGUCUUAGGCACAAUCGGUUAGUUUAAACAGCUCCAUUUGAUGGUUGUGUAAAUUAUUUCCGUGUAAAUUGUUGAGUUCUCACUCUCCCGUUAUGGGCUAUCGGAGAUGUGAAAACCCCCAUCCGGACCCAAGAAGAGAAUUCUUUUGAUGGAGGUGGAAAAUGUGCAUAAGGGUGGAUUGAGAACUGCUUGUUGGCUUUGUAACAAGGUUUGGUAUUUGGUAGCUGACAGUUUUCAGGAUUUAGGAUUCAGGCUAGUUUUCGGGUUUGAGAGAUUAUUGGAAACUCUGGGUUGCAUUCUUUUGGGAGGCUUGUAUAUGUACUUUAUAGGGAUGAUGCUGCCUCCAUUGUCCAUGUUGUAUUUAAUUGUUAGUGUAAAAGCUGAGAUGUAAUGUUAUGAUAUCAGUGUCGUCCUUUGUGGAGGGCAAGUGUUGUACACCAGAAGCUGCUGCUUCUGCACGUUCUGCUUUUUAACUUGCACAUCAAGUUUCAUAUCCAGAAAAUUGAAGUUACUGGAUUCAUGAGCGGAAAUAUACCAUCCUAGUCCUAGUUUAUUGA